AUGAGAAACAACAGCGAAUCCUCAAAUCAAUCCAUUGUAUCCGGAAUUUACUUCUCGAACUGGUCAGUGUACGGUGCUAAACACUUUCCUAGUGCCUUGGACUCCAAGAACCUCAGCCAUGUCUUCUAUGCUUUCAUGAAGAUUGACGGCUCUUCUGGUGAGGUCACCUACUCAGAUGAAUGGGCCGACGUCCAGAUGCCAAUUGACAACAAGGAAGGUGCCUUGGGCCUGUUUGCAGCCAUCAAAAAGGACAAUCGUGAGUUGAAGUUGUUAAUGUCAAUUGGCGGGUGGGGCACCUCUGCCCAGUUCACUCAAAUCGCAAGCGACGAAGCGAAGCUCCUGAAGUUCGUCGAAUCUUCUGUUGCACUUGUUGAAAAGCACAAUCUCGAUGGUGUUGAUAUUGAUUGGGAGUACCCCACGAACGCCCAGGAAGGCCGUCAGUUGGUUAACUUGCUCCAGCGCUUGAGAAAGAAGUUGGACAAAUUGCAUGGCGGAUUACUUUUGACUAUUGCAUCUCCGGCUAGUGAGGAUCACAGCCAGUACAUCGACUUCCCUGCUACAGACAAGCUUGUUAACUAUUGGAAUGUUAUGGCCUAUGAUUUUGCAGGUUCUGGCUGGUCCCAGAAGACAGGCUACCAUUCCAACUUGUACGGCGACAAUGGUGACACUAGUUUGAACGUGGAUCAAAUUGUGAGUUACUACGCUAGCCGUGUGGACUCCAAAAAGAUCAUCUUGGGCAUGCCUUUGUAUGGCCGUACGUUUAGUAAACCAGCUGAGCCCAAGGUGGGUGUCGAGUUCUCCAAGGAAGCUAGCGGUGAUGGCACUUUGAACUAUGGUGAAAUCAAUGCCAAUGACGAAAAUUUUGACAAAGAUAGAGUCGCUGCUUAUGCGUACAGCAAGAGCGAGAAUUUGCUUGUCACUUACGACAAUCAGCAAAGUGCAUCAGCAAAGGCAGACUACGUCAAAGAUAGGAAGUUGGGUGGCGGGUUCUGGUGGGACUCAAAGGGUGAGUCCAAGGAUAAAGAUAGAAAAUUGGUUGGUAAGUUUGUCGACGCUCUUGGCGGUUCCGGAGUGUUGGACAAGUCUAAAAACUGGGUAUAG